UUGGCAACACUGAGAAUAAUUGGUCAAAAUAAAUCAAUAUGGCCGACUUUUACCGGUUGGCUCCUCUGUUUUGAUUUUAUAAAAAAAUAAUCAUUGCUCCUUUAUAAAAAAACAAGUGAAGCAACGUAAAUAUUAGUGAAUUUAUAGUAGUUUUGAAAACCAAUUAUGGAAGCACUCAUACCAGUUAUAAAUAAAUUACAAGACGUUUUUAACACAGUUGGAGCUGAUGCCAUCCAAUUACCUCAAAUAAUUGUUUUAGGAACACAGAGUUCUGGGAAGAGUUCUGUGAUUGAGAGCCUUGUGGGUCGUUCUUUCCUACCUCGAGGUCCAGGUAUUGUGACAAGAAGGCCACUUGUUCUGCAGCUGGUCUACAGUCCCAAAGACAGCAAGGAACACCGUUCAGCAGAAGAAGGUACAGUAAAUUUAGAAGAAUGGGGAAAGUUCCUUCAUACGAAGGACAGGAUAUACAAAGACUUCGACGAGAUCAGGCAGGAGAUAGAGCGGGAGACUGACCGCAUGGCCGGGAGCAACAAAGGAAUAUGUCCCGAGCCAAUCAGCCUUAAGAUAUUCUCCACCACAGUUGUCAAUCUUACACUAGUCGACCUCCCUGGUAUCACUAAAGUCCCCAUUGGUGACCAACCUGAAGACAUCGAGAACCAGAUCAGAAACCUCAUAAUCAAGUACAUUUCCAACCCGAACUCUAUAAUUUUGGCGGUGACUGCAGCUAACACAGACAUGGCUACCAGUGAAGCCAUCAAAAUGGCGAAGGAAGUAGACCCAGAUGGCAGAAGAACCCUGGCCGUAGUUACUAAACUUGAUCUCAUGGAUGCAGGAACCGACGCCAUUGACAUCCUGUGCGGCCGCGUCAUCCCAGUCAAACUGGGAAUCAUCGGCGUCGUGAAUAGAUCUCAACAGGAUAUCAUCGAUAGGAAGUCAAUUACGGAUGCGCUAAAGGAUGAAGCUACCUACCUUCAAAGGAAGUACCCUACAAUCGCUACGCGCAACGGUACGCCAUAUUUGGCGAAGACAUUAAACAGGUUGCUUAUGCACCAUAUUAGGGAUUGUCUGCCGGAACUGAAGGUUCGCGUAAACGUGAUGAUAUCGCAAUUCCAAUCGUUGCUAAACUCAUACGGAGAGGAUGUGUCCGACAAGUCCCAAACUUUACUGCAAAUUAUCACAAAAUUCGCCAGUGCCUAUUGUUCCACCAUUGAAGGCACGGCCAGGAAUAUAGAGACGACUGAAUUGUGUGGAGGCGCGAGGAUUUGUUAUAUAUUCCAUGAGACAUUCGGACGGACUCUGGAUUCUAUACAUCCUUUAGUUGGUCUGACUCGCAUGGACAUCCUGACGGCCAUCCGGAACGCGACGGGCCCGCGGCCCGCGUUGUUCGUGCCCGAGGUGUCGUUCGAGCUGCUCGUCAAGCGGCAGAUCAGGAGGCUUGAGGAUCCCUCGUUGCGAUGCGUGGAAUUGGUCCACGAGGAAAUGCAACGGAUAGUCCAGCACUGCGGCACGGAGGUGCAGCAGGAAAUGCUCCGGUUCCCGAGGCUGCAUCAGCGCAUUGUGGACGUUGUCACUCAGCUGUUACGAACGAGGCUGCCCGCUACUAACUCUAUGGUCGAGAACAUAGUAGCCAUAGAGCUGGCGUACAUCAACACGAAACAUCCCGACUUCCACCGCGAGGCGGCGCUAGUGUCGGGCCUCCUGAAGAGCACGGACGACGAGAGCAGCCCCAUGUACAGGCAGAAAACACCGCGAGCGACCCCCUCUCCGGUAUCCACAAUGUUCAAACACGUGGCGGCGAUCACGGACGGCUCUGAAAACAAGUCGCCGCAGUCUAACGACUCCCCGGCCACUCCUCAGAUGAAUGGCAGUAUGGAGAACAAAACGCUGACUCCUCAGAAGCCGGUGAACCUUCUACCCGAAGUGCCGAGCCAGACCUCGCGCAAGCUCUCCGAGAGGGAGCAACACGACUGCGAUGUUAUCGGUGGACGGAGCGACAACGUGACGGUCAUAAGUCCGCAUUCAAAGACUGUAGAUGGCAUCAACCUGAUGCAUUUGAACCAUAUGGGUGACUUAGUCGAACGGCUGAUCAAAUCCUACUUCUACAUAGUACGUAAAUCGAUCCAGGACUCGGUUCCUAAAGCGGUGAUGCAUUUCCUCGUGAACUAUGUGAAGGAUAACCUCCAAUCGGAGUUGGUCACACACCUGUACAAGUCUGAUCAGGCAGAGAGUCUGCUGAACGAGUCUGAACAUAUCGCGCAGAGGAGGAAGGAGGCUGCCGAUAUGCUUAAGGCUUUGCAGCGUGCCGGGCAGAUCAUAAGCGAGAUCAGAGAGACACACAUGUGGUGAUGGCCGGUAGAAGAGGACUCUAGUCUUUAAAUUAGUGAAAUGGGCUCAUAGCUCUGUACAUACUCCCUUUAGUGUAGGUAAAUUAUGUGCAUUAGGCUUUUUUUACUUACCAAACUAUGUACUCAUACAUUUGCUUAUACACUAGAGAUUUCCUUUCCCUGCAGCUCUCUCUGUAGGUACUAAGUGUUAGUAAGUGUCAUCGCCAUUCUAUUUGAAAAAUGAUUGUUUAGUAAUUUCUUUAUACCAAAAAAAUCGAGUUUUGCGUGGAAAUUGUACAAGCAAAUGCAUGUUUGAUAGUAACACUUUUUUAUGAGAGCACUGCAUGUCUGAAACUGUUAGAUGGUUUUUAAAAUAUAAGUGUUGGAUUUUAUCGCGUAAUUUGAGUACUUAGCGUUGAUAAUGGCUGUAUUGAGUUAUUUGGUGCCAACAGAUUUUUAGUAAGCCGGUCUUAGUGAUUUUAUUGUAUACUGCACAAAUGUAAUGCUGUUUGAAUUCAGUUACCAUUUGGUUAUCGCUUAAUAAUAAGAUGCACAUAAGCUAGGUUAACUUGGAAUUGUACUCUAUUAUGAUAUUUAUACGCAGUGAUAUUCGUAACAUUUUACGAUUAACGUUUCCCGUGUCUGUUGAAUGCUUGUAUUUACAAGAUUUCAUAAUGUAAUUCGCAUGUUUUCUUACUAUAGUUAUUAUUAGAAGACCGCGUUUUAAAUUCGGCAAAUUUAUGAACUUGCAUACGGUCAGUGAUUUCUUUUUAUUUGUAAACAGGGUUGGUUAUUUUUAACGUUAGUGAUGAUUGUUACAAAGCCGAAAGACAAUUUUAGGGCAAUGUAAAAGUGUUUUUUUCAUGAUUUCUAUAUAUUUUGUUCCUUUUUAGUAUAUUUAAAAGAAUGCUGUCUGUAUUAGUCAUUUUGUGUCAUUGUCCACACCACUAGUGAUUUAUUUAUAACAUCAAAUAGUUGUAGUUUUUAUUCCAAUGUUACACAAUGUAUUUAUUGUUGGUCCGUUGUGUGAUUCGCUUAAUGUAUUGAACGAAACCAAUUUAAUGUUACACAAGGUAAGAUUGUAUUUAAAAGUCUGUUAAUUAUUAAAAUAGAUUAAUUGUCCAUGAUAA